UUCUUCGUCGUCGUCUUCGUCUCAUUGCGAAUGCUUGGUGGUGUUGCAAGAAGAAUCAGUGCAAGGCGAGACAGAGAGAGAGAGAGCGGGGAGGAGCUCAUGGGUGAAGCUCCUCUGCUUGCACUUUGACUACUUUGCAGGGCAGGCUGUGUUUCCUGUGUCCUGAUCGUUUAGGUUUAGCUUCAGUGGUUGUGCUGGUGAGGAGUUGGAGCUCGGAAAUUGACGACGUGGUUUUGAGGAGAGUCAGAUCUAGAUUUAGGUUUUGUCAAUUAUUUUUUGUAGUGUGUGUGUGUGCGUGUGUGUGUUUGUUUUUGUUUAUUGGGGGAGUUUCUUCCUUUCUUUUAUUUUUUUGAAGAGGUGGGGAGAGAAGGGGAGUGAUGGGCGAGGGAGGAGGAUUGAUGUGGCAAUGGUUUCUGGUCGUGGCGACGUGCUGCAUUGCUUCCGGGGUGGAGGGCAGGGUGCUUUUGAGUGCUAAGGAUCAUCGCUACAAGGAGAACGAUAAUGUACCACUUUUCGCCAACAAGGUUGGCCCGUUUCAUAACCCGAGCGAGACGUACCAGUACUAUGAUUUGCCAUUCUGUAAGCCUGAUCACUUUGUUCAUAAAUCUGAGGGUUUGGGAGAAGUCUUGGAAGGAGACCGUAUGGUGAACAGCCGUUACAAUUUCACUUUUAAAGUUGACAAGUCCGUUGAGGAUCUGUGCACCGUUAAGCUCUCACCUGCCGACAUCGUUAAAUUUAAGAAAGCUGUAGAGCAAGACUACUACUUUCAGAUGUUCUUCGAUGAUCUUCCAUUACAGGGAUUCGUUGGGAAGAUGCUAGAGGUGGAGAACAAAGAGCCUCGCCACAUGCUGUUUACCCACAUUCUCUUCGAAGUGAUGUACAAUGAUGAUCGUGUGAUCGAAAUAAGCGUUCGCACUGAUCCGAAGAAGGCAGUUGACAUCUCAGAAGAGAAGGACACCGAGGUUAAAUUUACAUAUUCUACUCAGUGGAGUCCAACAGCCAAGCCCUUUGAGAAGCGCUUGGAGAAGUACCGAAAGCACUCAUUUCUGCCCAAACAUUUGGAAAUUCAUUGGUUCUCCAUCAUCAAUUCUUGCGUUACUGUACUUCUACUGACAGGUUUUCUUACCACGAUUCUUAUGCGAGUGCUCAAGAACGACUUUAUCAAGUACACAAAUGAGGACGAAGAAGAGCACGAAGAAACAGGCUGGAAGUAUAUUCAUGGUGAUGUGUUCAGAUUCCCUCCGUUUCCCAAUUUAUUUUCUGCUGUCAUUGGAAGCGGAACACAACUUCUGGUUCUUGUAUUCUUCAUUUUUGGCUUGUCACUUGUGGGUGUUUUCUAUCCGUACAACCGCGGCGCUCUCAACACUGCCUGCCUUGUCAUCUACGCCCUGACCGCUGGAGUUUCUGGUUACGUGUCAGCACAUCUCUACCGUCAAAUGGGUGGCGAAAAUUGGGUGAGAAAUCUGCUGUUGACGGGGUCGCUUUUCUCCGGUCCUCUCUUCCUGGUGUUUUGCAUCAACAACACUGUUGCAAUUGGUUAUCAAUCAACGCAGGCGCUGCCUUUUGGAACCAUUGUUGUUAUUGCCAUUAUUUGGAUCGUCGUGACCUUUCCCUUGACUGUUCUUGGAGGUAUAGCAGGAAAGAACAAUAAGGCAGAAUUCUAUGCUCCAUGUCGGACCAACAAAUAUCCUCGUGAGAUUCCUGCUCUGCCGUGGUACCGCAGAACUGUUCCACAGAUGUGCAUGGCAGGUUUCCUGCCGUUCAGUGCAAUCUACAUCGAGCUCUAUUACAUUUUUGCCAGCGUUUGGGGUCACAAAAUUUAUACCAUCUACAGCAUUCUAUUCAUUGUGUUCAUCAUCCUCAUCAUCGUAACGGCUUUUAUCACCAUUGCACUGACAUACUUCCAACUUGCUGUUGAGGACCACGAGUGGUGGUGGAGAUCUGUAUUCUGUGGAGGGUCGACUGGAAUGUUCAUCUACGGAUACUGCUUCUACUACUAUCAUAUUCGUUCAGGCAUGGUUGGGUUAAUGCAAGCAUCUUUCUUCUACGGCUACAUGGGCUGCGUUUGCUAUGGAUUCUUCUUGAUGCUGGGUUCGGUUGGAUACAGAGCCUCACUAUUGUUCGUUCGCAACAUCUAUCGUGCCAUCAAAUGUGAGUAGGUUACCAUGAGCUACUAGGGUCAUACACUUUCUAUUAAGAUGUUUUCCAGUUUUUGAACUGUAAAGCCAUCUUAGUCCUUGAUCAAACAUUCUAAAGAAAUAUUAUAUGUAGGCGUUGAGAUUAGGAGACAUCUGCUUUGCAGUUCUAGUUGUGCAAGAUAGUUUUGCUCGACUCCUGGAGAACAGUAGUGGAAGGCAGCUGUACAGUAUCUGUUCAUCUAGUAGUGACGCAAAUGACAAUUUUUCAAAGAUUGUGCUCCUGCACACUGAGAUUUAGCCAGCGGGGCUUGCGGGAAAAAAAUGACCGAGUUCUGAUUUAAAAGUUCA